UUGGAAAAAGCCAUCCAGGAUCAAGCUUUCCAGAUCCGAGGUUUGGGUCUGCCCUAUGCGUCUACCGCAUGAGACACGUCGUGCCAGCUUCAUAUCUCAGCUAAAGGAAUGUUACCUCGGAAGGGCCAGUGGUUGCCAUGGUUGCAGGCAAACACAACUGUCGCAGUGAUAGAGCUAAGUAUACCGAAAUCAGUGAUGAUGACACAUUCUGUUAUGAUGACACGGCCGUGAACAAGGCUAUUGAGGGACAAAGCAGUAUAUCACAGGUGGCCAACUACACUGUGUCUGGAAAGUUAAUGACAGCUGUGGCUGUUGCAACAAGGAUGAACAAAACUAUCACAGUCAUUGGGCAAGAUGAUGGCUAUAUCUUCAAGAUGUUAUCCCAUGAGUUGGAGAAAGGGCCUUAUGCCUCCUAUAAUCUGAGCCAGAGGUCAGGGGUCAGAGUUGAGCAGGAUUUGGCCUUUGACCGAACACAGGAACAUCUCUACCUGCUGUCAGGAAACAUGGUUCAUCGCUUUCCCAUGGACUCGUGUAGAAUCCAUCAGACCUGUGAACAGUGUAUACAAUCCCGAGACCCUCUCCCCUGUGGCUGGUGUGAUGGGAUGUGUAGGAAUGACCCAGAAUGCAACUCACACCGGUACAGAGACGGCUGCGUCCCGCUGAUACACUCAUUUUCACCCAGCAUUGGUCCCACGAAAGGAGGGACAAGUAUCACGAUUAAGGGAGAGAACUUUGGGUCAAACCACAAGGAGGCCUCUGUUAGUGUUUGGAUUGGAAAAGAUCAGCAGUGUUUGCUUUCCAGACGAAAUAUGUCUCUGAUAACGUGCAUGACAAGCACAGCGGAGGUAGAGAGUGAGAAUCUGAUCAUGGUGGACGUCAGGGAUGAGACCAGAACAGAAGUCAACUACAAUAUCAACGGACAAGCCUUUUCAGAUAAAGUCUUCAAGUACAAAAAACCAGAGCUGUACAAGUUUUUUCCCCUGAUGGGCCCUGUCUCUGGAGGAACUAAUCUGACAAUAACAGGGAAAAACCUGAACAUCGGGUCAAAUGUCAGUGUGAUGGCGGCAUUCUUUAUUUGUGAAAUAUUUGAAUUACGCUCUGAAGUGAUCCGCUGUACCACCCAUAGUGCCAAACCUCACAGUUCAAAGCGAUCACAGUUCAGUGAGACGUCCUCCGGUAAAGUACUGGUUGAAAUCGAUCAAGAGCAACUCGCCAGCGCAGAAGAUUUCCACUAUAUGGCAGAUCCAGUCAUAUCCCAGAUCUCUCCUCGCAGGAGUUUCCAAAGCGGGGGUGUCAGUUUAUCCAUUACUGGUAAGAACCUUCAUGUGGUUCAGGAACCGAGGUUAGGUCUAACCCUUGCUGGGACACGCUCUAAGGAACCUUUAGAGCCGUGUACAGUGCACCGUGAUGGCCUGAGGAUGACAUGUCAUUCACCAAACAUUAGUGUGAUGGGUGAGUGGGAGAUCAGCGCCUCUGAGCCACUUCAGGCCCAGCUCUGGUUCCGCAUGGACAAUGUGGAUGAACUGCUCUACCUGGACACUUCUAACCGUCACCUCGGGCAGUUCUCGUACUACCCAGACCCUAUCUUCUUCCCAUUCCCUGGCCCGGAGAACCUCUAUCUCUACGACAUUGAGCAGGAGUACCUCAGCUUAAAGGGCACGAACUUGUUGCUGGGAUAUGCCAAAUCCGAUGUACUCAUUCAUGUGGGGAAUGACCUGUGUAAUGUGUCCCUUAUACAGAGUGAACAGCUGAACUGUGUGCCACUAUCCAAACCCACUAAUGUCAACUCUAACGAGCCAAAGCGUAAAGUACACGUUAAAGUUGGCAACUUGAUGUACAGCAUUGGUGAGUUGCGCUACACCUCACAGACAGUCAUCAGCGAGCGUGUUGUUGCACUCAUAGUCAUCUUAACCCUGGUUCUUAUCUUCAUCGUCAUUCUGGUGGUAGUCAUGAAGAGAAAGAAAAUUGGCCCCUUCAGAAAGCCCUCUGACCUCAAUGUCAACUACACCGCAGGUCAAGAGGUCACCAGCAUUGAGGGCUACAGCUCUGGGCAACGUAUGUACAAUUUACGUAAUGACUAUCACCACACCAGGCGACUCGGGCCAGGCAGAGGCGAGGGCUUCGAGGAAGGAGAAGGUGCAGAGAGUCCCUACAACCUUGGGGAAGACAGUGAAAUCCUGCCCUUGUUGAGAAGUCAGAAAAUGUUAAUAGAUCGAGAUUGUUUGGAUUUGAAGAAUGUGAUUGGACAAGGUCAUUUUGGUUGUGUGUAUGAAGGCAUGUUGCUGGAUGCAGAGAAUGACAGCACCAUGAAAGUGGCUGUGAAAACUUUACACAAGGACAGUCCAAGGGAAAUAGAUGUGAAAUCUUUUCUCAACGAAGCAUUGAUAAUGAAGGAUUUUAACCAUGCAAAUAUCCUUACCCUGAUUGGGAUCUGCCUGGGGAAAGACGAAAUGCCACUUGUCAUAUUACCCUACAUGAAGCAUGGAGACCUACUGACCUACAUCCGAGAUGAAAACAAUAAUCCCACAGUAAAGGAUCUGAUCAUGUUUGCUGUGGAUAUCGCUCAAGGAAUGCAGUAUUUGGGAGAACUGAAGUUUGUCCACAGAGAUUUGGCUGCAAGAAAUUGCAUGCUUGAUGACACUAUGACUGUGAAGGUGGCUGACUUUGGUUUGUCACGGGAUAUUUAUGAAAAGGAUUAUUACAGCAGCGAUAAUAAAAAGACAAAGCUUCCUGUGAAAUGGAUGGCCAUAGAGAGUUUGGAGAAGGGCACUUAUAACUCCAAGACGGACGUGUGGUCAUUUGGAGUGGUGUUGUGGGAGCUAAUGACAAGAGGAGUUAACCCGUACCCGGAGGUGGAUAACUGGGAUGUGAUUCGCUACUUGAGGGCAGGGCGAAGGAUGCCUCAGCCAACCUAUUGUCCAGAUGCUCUAUACCAAAUAAUGUUGAACUGUUGGACGACUGAACCAGAAAGUAGACCCAAGUUUGAGGAGCUGACAUCACAGAUACGAGAGAUGGUGGCCGUUUUGGAGCAAAACAUACAGCAGGGACGUGUACGGACAAACAUUAGCAACACUUACAUCAACGUGAACAAUGUUGACUAUCAUUAUACGCCAAAGGCUGAAACUGAUGUGUAGUGUGUCUACGUGGAUAGGCUCUUGUACCUUAUUAUAUGGACUACAUAUAAUAUUGAUAUUUUCAAGAACUGUUACUCCAGAGUGGGAAGUAGUGCUAAAGCCUGGCUCUUGUACAGCUGGUGAGG